AUGCAACUGACAAAAAUACGCGAGGUAAAUAUACUUUGACUGCCUUAUUAUUGAAGGGCUUAACUCAGUUUUACUAAUCAGCCAAUCCCCUCGCGUCAGUGAGAUUCAAAUUUAAACGACAUUUGGUGCAGGUUAUGUGUGGAACCGAAUGAGUUGUGGUAACCCUAUUGAACCGUGAUAAUGUGAACAUCCGAACCGAACCCUGUUCUCUGUGAUCUUAUGGUGAGAUAAUGCAUGGGACCGGUUCGAUGAAAAUUCUUCCGAAUACUCAAAAGCAUCCCAGAUAAUUGGUCUGAGAUUCAAAUUUAAACGACAUUUCGUGUAGGUUAUGCGUGGAACCAAACGAGUUGUAAUAACUAUUGAACCGUGAUAAUGUGAGCUUGUCGUCUGUGAUCUUAUCGUGAGAUAAGGGAUGGGACCGGUUCGAUGAAAAUUCUUCUGAAUACUCAAAAACAUCCCAAAUAAUUGGUCUGUUUGUAGUUUUUUCAAGCUCUGAAUAUGUAUAUAUUUGGAGGGCGUCAACCAGUUGGGCUGCAGAACACUCUCGUCCCACUGCGCUUUGAGGAGUCCAGCUCUAUACAAUUGGGCCACGGAGUCGUUGUCCAGUCGGUUGAGAUCGAAACUACUAACCAUGCUUGAAGGGCAUGGUUCAGUUUUAGAGUAGUAGACUAAGUACUGCCCAUUGAUAAAGAAUUCCAAUUCGAAUCUCAGGUGACACAAUCCUGGGGUUCGAUUUGAUUGGCUGACGACGGCCAAGAAGCCAGAACUGCCCUUCCCAGUCUCCAUUAUCUUUGUCGGUAUUCCUUUUCUGCACACUUCACAUGUAUCUACGUCCUGUAUACGUGCACAUAUAAAAACACAAUCAAGCCCUCGGGGAACGAAACACAAUAUGUAAUGCAAAUUUCAAAACUGGUCGUCAAAUCGUCACCAUACGCAUGAGAAACGUGCAAAAUAUUUAACUAUUGACUGCACCUAACGAACGAUUCCGUGCUUGGUUGAAGUCCACGCUUAUGGACUCUUUCUGCAUUCAUUUACCCGGUCGGGAUGGCUGAAUCGGUCUCCAUAGAUUUUUGAGAAUUUCGUAUGCGGCAACCAAAUCGAUAUAACUACUGACGCCGGUUUCGUCUUAAUGCACUGCUUGGAGAUGCUCGUGAUUCUUCUUUGUAUGGUUAUCUACAAUAUAGACGUGUGUUCUGCGUUCAGCGUGUGGAUGAUUGCCUGGAACAAAUGGCAUAGUUUCUCGAAAUCUAACUGACGUUCACGUAUUGUAGUGGAUGCAGAUUUCUCGGUUUGUUCUCAGUACACCGUGUCAUAGUAAGGGCAUAGGAAUCCUCGGGCGAUUUGUUUUCUAUCAAAAUAACUAAUUCCGGCCUUAGGCGGUAGGAAAUAAAUACCAAAGGUAACUGUUUAUAGUGUGAUACCCCUAAACUGGUUGGUGCUCCUUUCCUCGUGGAGAUCACAGCGCUAACUGAGUGAUGUCUUGUUUUAAGGAUUGUGAACUCGAGAUCGCUAAAACAUGUCGAGAGGCAUCGGAGCAGUUCGUCAACAGUCGACGGGUGGCUGACCAUAUAAUGGCGAAUCUUAGCCAACAGGUGAGUGUCCGUUGACUAUAAUUUCUCCUGCAUGGAAUUCUUUAUUUAAAAGAACCGCUCACGUUAUGCUGUUAAAUGUUUCAAUCAUAAUUUUUUCCACUGCGGUUUUGAAGUGCUAAACUGAAGUCCCUCAGCUACCUGAAAAAUAAACCAAAUAUAUUUUUAUGGAUGGAGUCAAAUAUCUUCACUGACAUCGCGUGUACUUUGAAUGAGAAGAAAAGUCCAGCGUGGUGUAAAAAAUCAGAGUCCAGAGUGGGCAGGGAAGUUAGAACCGUCAUAUCGUCGCAAACAUAUGACAAGGUUUUUUGACCUGGACGUCAUUAGUGCUCAAAGACACGCUAACAACAGGUUAAGUGUGAACAACUCAAAAACCUACUCAUUAGUCCGCAGGUAGUUUUUUUGUUUUCGUCUGGUAAAUAAUUUUGCUUAGAUUAAGUUGCUUAAAGUUUAAUCUAGUUCAACCUCUAAUGUGUUUGUAGUUCUUCAUUUUUCACGUCGGACACCCGUUUUCAGAAACUUUUCAAGCCAGAUCAACUAACCAUUAGUGAUAACAUUGCAACACCUCAAAGCGUGUGCUACAAUUCAGAGAGUAGUGACAUUUGAUUUGAACGAAUGGUGUACUUUAUUCACACACGGAAUACGGACAACGAGGUCAGAUUAAAUGAGACUUAGAGCAGAGUUCAAAAUGUCAUUAAUCCCCAAUUCUAGAUUUCAAAACGACGUAAUCAGCGCGAGGGGAAGCGCAAAACGCUUAAAAUAUUUCAACUUUUAAAUGCAGAUGCAAAACAUCUAUGAAAGUGGGUGUUGUUGGUGGGCUUAACUCAUAUGACUUUAGAGGUUGUCGGCUGAAGGCCAUCACCUACCAUUUUAUAUUCCCGAUCGCAACUGACAGGACAACGAGCCCAUGACUCAGAUGUUAAAGGCGUUGGAUUUCUAAGCAGCAGUUCGCGGGAUCAAACCCCAGGUGUUCCACACCUUGGGGUUGGGUGUGACUGACUGACGACGGCCAUAAGCCAGAAAUGGUUAUUUCAGUCCCCCUUGUCUUUGCCGUUAACACCAUUCUGCCCACAAGCCAGUGUUUGAGACCACACUCCGUAGUAUUUGAUUAUACAAAGUUGAGUAAUCAUUACUCUUCAUCUGCUUUUGCGUGCUUAUCGGAUGCAUUCUUGGAGGUUGUGAAUGCAGUCCAGGUACUCUGGCGAGAGAAAAGGCAGGAUAUGGAAAACUUUCAUAGUUGUGCACCUAAACCUGAUGAUCCUACGAAAAUAUAGAUAUAUAUAUAUAUGUGAUAAAGUCAUUUUAAUUCCGAACUUUUUUUCUGUUAUUUGGAGUUAUAGCCUGGGUGCACAGAACAGUCAUCCCUCGUCUUCUCUUUUUACUACUUGUCAUUUACAGGAAAGAAACUCACCGCCAUUUGCAUGCUUGGAAGAGGCAAGAAUAAAAAUUGAACGGUUUACCCGCGAUCGCGAUAACAACAUAAACUGGCUGCACAGAAAUCUAAAGGAGGCGGAAUCUCGCCGGCUGGAGAUGGUACGCCAAAGACUGCCUUGAGGUGUUACAUUAAAAGGAGCUAAAUAAUUAAUGCAAGAACUUUCAGGAGUACUCUAUAGCUCUGGCAAAAAAUAGCGUACAUUUGUUCCUCUAAAAUGCCACGGCCUGAAUGCGUCCUUUAAAAUUCACGCGCUUGGAUCAGCGGUCGUCUCCCAAACUAAUAAAAGAUAAUGGUGGCCGAAUUUACCCACAUUCAGUAACUUCCAGUUACUAGAGUCUACGCGUUUUGGCCCGAGUAACUGAUCGGUCAAGUUACUGGAACGAGGUAAAAAAGACGAAUUCGACGUCCCCGUUAGGCCCGCGUCCAUAUCCGUUUCACAAUUGAACGACAGCGCGGUGUGUCCUUCGUUUGCGAGUUCUUACGAUCUACCAGUCAGCGUGGCCAGGGGUGUGUAUAGGCUAGAAGGCCGAUUUAAUCGAAAUCUCAAUCAGUGGAAUGUCUCAUUCACUGUUCACAAUGUGAACUGUCCUCCUAGUCUUGAGUCACAUAGGUGGAUUAAUGGUCCAAAAAACGAAAGUGGCUUCGGGAUAUUUGCAAAACAUCUUUCUUCGGUCAGAUGUGGUUCUAUAAACAAACCUCAGCCAACUUUAAUACGGGACCGGUGGUAAUAGGGCCGUUUACAGAUGGGGCCGGGGAACGCACAGGCGACGAGGUCAAGCAGUUGUGUGCAAAAGAAAAGCUAUUGCGAAUGCGCAGUUGUACUUUGAAUGGUUGAGAAAUAGUUGCGAUAACCCCUGACCUAAACUCCAAACCCUUACUAUAACCUCUAAUCCUAAACCCUAGUCCCUAACCCAAACCCUUAACCCUAAAGCCUAGCCGUAACCCCUUACACCUGACCAUAACUCCUAACCCUAACCCGUAACCACAACCCCUAGUCCUAAACCUAAGCCCUAAGCCCUAACCCCAGCCCCUAACCCUAACCACAACCCUAAACCCUAAUCCUGAAACUUCCAAUGCGAAAGUUAGAAGGAGACGACAGGCUGAAAGUCAAGAAGGACCACCGGCAUUGGGCCAAAGAAGGUAGACACGCAACAAAGAAACAGGACCGCCUACAGAACACACACCACAACCCACAACAACACCAUGCCAACGUGAUCACACCAACUCCAAAUAAUUAAGUAGGCCAAUAGUAUUUGUGUCCAUCAGGUGCGGCUACAUAACCACAUCCUACUGUUUUUUUCUUAAACGUCAACUCUAGCUUAACGGUUGGCUCCAACUAGCUGGAAUGUAGUCAUAGUGCACUCAUACGUAUAAUUUUUGCUUCAGUCUCUAAACCUGGGUUUAAAAUAUUCGCUUGCACUCGCGGCAAUUUAGCAUGUGAAGCUCUUCCCAGAGCACAUCGCUGGGAUGCAUUUUCCUCCAAACCAGCAGCUUGAGAGCGACGUUUCCUACUGGAUCAUAGCAGAUAUCGUGGUAUUUUAUAGACCAUUCAUUUUUUGCCAAGGUAGCCAGUACUGUUUUUAGGGUGCAUAAGUUUGGUGCUCAAAGCAGUUAUUUACUUGUGAUUUACUGAAAUCUUCCGCUCUCUGUGGUGUUCUCCGACCGAGUUCAGAUGUAUUCCUAAUACAAGGAAGAGGCCACCAAGUAGAAGGUUUGAAAUUCUCCUUAGAUGGAGAGUUAAGAUUUCAGGCAAAUUAUGAACAUUUUCCCUCCGUAUGCUGCAUGAGAAAUUUUGUAAAUGUGCAUUCUGGGGGGGGGGGGCAAAUCGAAAUAAUAUUUCAUUCAGUCCCUGCAAUUGUUGUUUUGUUCGACAUAGUGGACCACUGAUACAGUCGUGUUACUGCACGCACAUGUCCCCGUUAUGGGGACGGAGCCGAUCUGGAUGAGCUGGGACAUGCAAGUUUUUGCGGUACUGCGUUACUUGCGUGGAUCACCGCGUAGAAACAAUUUUACAAAUAAACUACUUUCUGCUAUGUGUUUUUGGAGGGCUGGGAUGGAUUAAGCCACUUGUAGAACUCCAAAAAGUUCUUUCGGCCGUAUGAAUGAGGGUGGAUUCUGGCUGUCGUGACGUCUCAGUUCCAUACUACCACAUGUUUUACUGAGAGCUAGGAAAGCAAAUCAUUCUCAACCUCUUGGUUUCAAGUUUCGCCCGUGAAAAUGGCUUUUUAAACAAAGCAAGUUCAGGAUGGUAACAUGGGAGCAGAUUUUUAGUGGGGAGGUGCAGAAUCGUGGGGGAAAACGACUAACUUCAUUUGCACAAAAGAUGGGCGUUUCGUUGCCAAAGCACAUUUCAAACGACGUAGCCGCCGGCAUUAUAUAUGUGUGUUGAUUGUGCAAUUAUUUUUCAACAAUUCAUGAUGGAUGAUUAGCUUGGUAUCUCACCAUACACCCAAUAUAACCUUCAUAAGCCAGAGACCUUCUCUUGAUCCCACGACUAAUUUACUGUCUACGACGACGAUGACGCUUAGAGUUAGAGAAAAGAACUCAUUUCUCACCACCGGUAGCGACCUCGUUCAAAAAAUGACCUUAAUGAUGCCGCAUAAGCAAAGACUCAGGUCAACUGACGCAUUUCAUGCGGAACCAACUUUUUGGCACUUAAAAUGCACCUCCGUCCAACAUAAAAAUGUCCAGCUGUUUUUCCGAUCGCAAUGAAAUAACUGUCUCAAACAGUUGCACUCCCUUCCUUUGGAGUAAAUCAUUUCGGUUGCCGAUUCUCCCCUUAACAACAAGGAAAGACAACUUUUCACAAAUUCUCGCAUUAAAGUUAUCGGGAAGGUAAAUUGUUCGGAACGAUUUUUUGCCGUUCGAGCAUUUAUAAAUGUAAGAAUUUCUUAAAAUCAAACAGGUCUUGUGAGCUCUCUAACUGGCUCAGACAUAGGUUCAGCUUUGCGGGAAUCCUUGACAACAAUUUUAACAGAAACCGAAUGAAAAAUAUAUGAUUUAAAUAUGAAUAGCAUGCCCACUAAUAUCCACAAUUAGUAAUUUUAUAGAUCCUGUUGAAUGUUUUUAGUUCAAAAUCUGGAUGAACUUAUGAUCCAGUUUGACCCACCAGUCCGGCAGUAGGAAAUUUGGGUGUUGUAUAGGCAGUGGGUGAUGUUUUAGACAUGUUCAUGUCGAUACGCAGGUGACUAAACUGACUACUACGAGGUCUGGAAUCACAAUCAAUUUUAAAAUAAUUUGAGAGCCUUCAUGGGGCAGCCGUCUAUACAAGCGUUCGUCUGUCAGUUUCCUAGGGUUCCAAAGACAUCAGUCCUGUAAGUACGCUGAGUAGUACAGUGGGUUCGGGGAUGUGGAUGUCCGAAAUACUUUGAUACCUGCGGCCUAAGCAGUUUUGCGUAACUGCCUGACCGUUGGCAGACUCUGUGGAUAAGUCAGACAGAUUACGCGCUGCCUACACUCGCCAAUCGUCACCGUGGUAAAGGGUGACGCCAACUGCAGUCAAACAGGGUCGCAGGACUCCCAUACAAUCCGCGUGAUGUGGGGGGUGUAUUGCGUGGCCCGUGGGCCCUAUCACUCGAACCGGAUGGACACAUUCGUUGCUUUAAACGCUAGACGACAAUUUUUUUAUCGCCCCAGGGCUUACAUCAUCAUUAUUUUUAUGUACGAAUGUUUUAGCACUGAGUGGAUAGGGCGAAAAACAAUGCUUAUUUUACGAAAUGUGAGUGCUAACAACUGUGAAAUAGCUUCCGAUAUGUAUUAGUCUAAACGUGAUAAUGAAUGCCAUUUUUAGUCAUUGUUGCUAAUUAUUGAUCUGAAUUGUACCUCAGGUAAAAACCGCAAUCCAUCAUCUGAAAGUUAAACUUCCCACGUGUUCUCAUCUGCCACCUAUUCAAGUGCAAAAUGUCAUCUGCAAUGAGGCAUCGGUGAGUGCAAGCAUUACGAGAUUUUCCUUUUCCAUCGUCUUUUUUAAUUUCGUUUCGCUAGACAGGGAAAGUUAUUCGUAUCUUGUUGACAAUAUCCACUUUUCCAAAAACAGUUAAAAGAAAAUAAGGCGUUCGCCGGGAGAGGUCUGAUGUUCCCAGUAGUUGUUUCGCCUACCCCUCUUCAGAGACUGGGAAGUCAUGCGCACAGCUCUGCUUAUAAGGUGCACUUUGUUUGAUGCGUGGCCCGCCAAUGGCGCCUGUGUGGCUGCAUCCGACCCGCAUGUCACCGUGACCAGAACCCCCCCGCCCCCGUCGGCCGCGGAGAUAGUUGACGGCCCUGAUUGUCCCGCGCCGUGACUGUCCACCAUUAACAAAGGUUCGUAACGUCAGAUAGGGGGGGGGGGGGAGAGGUAAAUUGAGGUGGCGGUUGACAGAGCAGUCGGUGGACAUCUUGGUUUCUUGAACCUGCCUUGACGUCUGAUCCUCGCCCCAGCCCACAAUCUCAACGGCUUCAAAGUUGAAGAUGUGUCCCAGUUGCGCGGCAUGGGUUGCUACCUCCGACUUUGGGUUCAAUCUUCGCACGGCCAACUUAUGCCCGUGCAUUCGCGUUUGCAGCCGUCGGCCGGUUUCCCCAACGUAGUUGCGCUUCCCUCAGCUGCACUGAAGUCGGUACACAACAGCCGACAUCUCCUGUUUAGGGAUCGAGUCUUUAGGCCGCAUCACUUUCCGGCAGAUUAUUGACUCGGGCCUGUGGGCAACGCCUAUUCCGAGCGGCGCGAGGGAUCUAGCCACGGUUUCGGGGACCCCUUUCAUGUACGGAAUGCCCCGACACAUUUUUGGCUGACCAUGUUCUUCAUUCUGCUUCCUUGAUUGCCUUCGGCCCCGUUCAACGAAUGCUCGUGGAUACCUGUUGGCUCUGAAGAGUUCUUGAAGGAGCUUCAUCUCGUCAAGUUUGGCGGCUGUCGUGCUGCAAUGUGUUUCCACCCGUCGGUAUAGCGUGCUUACACAGCUUCGUUUGUGUUACAGUGGGUGGUUGCUGUUGUGAUUGAGCAUUUGCAGCGUGUUCGUCGGUCUUCUGUAGACGGACGUCGCCAGUUCUCCGUCUGGUUGACGGCAGACGAGAACAUCCAAGAAUGGAAGUUUGCUCUCCACUGCCUUUUUCAACGUGAACUGUAGAUCGGGAAUGAUUGAGUUCAGCAGCUCUUCAUAGUAGUCAAUUUUGUCCUGAUCGAUAGAUCCAGCCACGGCUUCAUGUACGGAAUGCUUCGCCACGAUUUUGGCUAUGUUCUUCGUUCCGGCUGCGUUCAACGAAUGCUCGUGGAUAGCCGUUGUCUCUGAAGAGUUCUUGAAGGAGCUUCAUCUCGUCCAGUUUGGCGGCUGGAGUGUUGCAAUGAGUUUCCACCCGUCGGUGUAGCCUGCUUACAGUGCUUCGUUCGUGUUGCAGUGGGUGGUUGCUGUUGUGACUGAGCAUUUGCAGGGUAUUCGUCGGUUUUCUGUAGAGUGUUCAAAACACAUCUUCCAUAGAUUUAUUGCCUCCUUGAACAUCUUCCUAACACGCAACGUGAUCCAAGUUCCCGACCUAGGAAGCGCGGAGUCAACAAAUGGUGGAACACCACAUAGGUCACUUAUUUACUUCUGGGUCCAUGUGCCUGAUGCCGGACUCAUAAACCGGUUUAAAAACGCAGAAAAUCAACCGAGUGCUGCAAUAGUCGAAUUGACCUUUUUACAGUGCGUGACCUAUCUCAUGAAAUGUUGGCUAAAAUUCUGAAAUGCGUUUUCCAUUGUGAAGGAUUACUUGGUCGCGGUUGUAAUACUGAUUAUUUUAAGGCAUACUCUUAUAACAUUUUAGGCUCUACAGGAUGUCGGCUUUAAAAUGCACUUCUUUUCAAUCUCCUGUAGAAAGCGUGCUCGGUAAAAAAUGACUACUUAAGCAACAUGCAUUUUUCCCAUUGAUUUUCGAUGGUUUUGAAAAUUCGAAUAUACCUUAUAGAAGCCACAAACAAAAAUGUGCUUUCUUUUAGUCAAUCAAUAGAGAAUCACGUCUUCUUUAUAUUUUAUACUUAAGGAAGGAGUAUAAUUAGGUUUUAAAAAAGUUUCUAAUUAUGAGACUUUUUAAGACCGCGAUAUGUCCAUUCACAUAUCAUCGUACCUGGCCGUAUACCACUGCCCCUCAUGAAAUGUACAACAUGGUCCGCAUCCAUUGCAAAAUUUUAUGGACCCUGUAAAAUAUCUCUUUAAUGACAUAGAAAAAUAUGGGAUUUUCUUUACGCGGAACGCAUGCACCUUGUAGAGUGUAAUCACUAAGCGCUAAUGCAGCGAAUGAUCAGGCUCCAAAUUUUUUGGCAAUUAGAAAAGUUUUUAAAACUUAAUUAUACUCCUUUCUUAAGUAUAAAAUAUAAAGAAGACGUGAUUCUCUAUUGAGUAACUAAAAGAAAGCAUAUUUUUAUUUGUGGUUUCUAUAAAAUAUAUUUGAAUUUCCAAGGCCAUCGAAAAUCAAUGGGAAAAAUGCAUGCUACUUAAGUAUGCAUUCUUUACCAAGUACAGGUUCUACAGGAAGUUGAAACGAAGUGCAAUUUAAAGGAGACAUCCUGCCGAGCCUAAAAUGUUAUAAGAGUAUGCCUUAAGAUAAUCAGUAUUACAACCGCGGCCAAGUAAUCCUUCCCAAUCGAAAACGCAUUUCAGAAUUUCAGCCAACAUUUCAUGAGAUAGGUCACGCACUGUACUUCCAAAUAUACGCAGUUGAUGUGCUAACUCAUGAAAUGUUAACUGAGUGGAUCAUCUGUGCUGUCGUAUGCACAUGCCUGUGCUUCUGAUCCCGUUUAUGAUGAGACUUAUGGUUGACUGGAUGAAGGUACAGUAGACCAGAAACAAUGUCCGCAUCCCUUUCCUUACCCUGCCUGCUGGCCACAGUAUAUUCUCAGUUUAUAAUUCCUGUCUGCGACUCUUGCUACUUGCUUAUGCUUUUUGAUUUUUCCAUACUUAAGGCAGACCAACUCAACAGCCGCAUUGGCUUAAGAUGACUUAUCGCAAAAAUGUGCAUGUUCGCCAAUCUGCAUCGUGGAGACUUCAAUUAAAAUGAGUCCGAAUGUAAUUGGGCCUCGUGCAGCCCUCGGUUAGUCUUUCUGUCUACAAGCAGCGUUGCUUUGUGUCCGCGAACUGGAGUUUAUCGCUCCCCCCAAAGUCUGAGGUUGACUAAUUGUGUGAAGGGUCAGUUUGGGCUUAUUCUCCCUUCAGCUGCGCUGAUGUUGGGCUGGACAGAAGCGGGGACUACAUUGGCUCACGCAAAAGUGCGGGAAUCUGCGCGCGUUUUUAGUGCUUUCAUUACAUAAAGGAAGCGGGUUAAGAUCUGUCGCAGUGGCCUGAAUUCGAGAAGCCGGAGUUUAGGGGCCGCCCGAAUAUGGGUCUUCUUGUUGCACUCUUUACACUAUCGUGGUCUGAUUUCAAAAGAAAUACCUACUUCUUGAAAUAAAGUACCAAGUAAGGUUGUCUGCGUAUAACCUCACCUAAGCCAUGCAACCGGAACUGUAAUAGUGUAGCCCAGGUCACAUGUUCUUCUUCCUGCAAGUGUUUGAAAAAAAAUUCAAACACAUCUUUUGUCGAUCUGUUGCCUUCCUAAACAUCUUACUGUCUAUUUUAAACGUAGCGAUCUUCCUACCACGCAACGCGCUCCAAGUUCCCGACCUAGGAAACGCGAGGCCAACAAAUGGAGGAACACUGCAUAGGUCAUUUAUUUACUGCUGCGUCCAUGUGCUAGAUGCUGGACUCUUAAAUCGGUUCGAAAAUGCAGACAAGUGAACCAAAUGUUGCAAUAGUCGAAUUGACCUUUCUACUUCCAAAUAUAUAAACUCAUGAAAUGUUAACUGAAAUUAUGAAAUGCUUUUUCAACUCGAAAUUAUCACUUAAGUAGGAUUGUAAUAUUUAUCACAAUGAAGCAUAAUUCCAUAAUAAUUCAGUUAUUACAAGAUACCGACUUUUGAACGAACUCCUUUCAGGCCGCCUGCAAAAACUUCUAUCUGCGAAAAAUGACUCUUAAGCAGUACGAGUUUUUCUCAUUGAUUGUAGGUGCCUUUAUAAAUUUGAAUGUAUUUCCUAGAAAAGAAGCAUAAAAAUGCUCAGUCUUUUAUUCAAUUGGUAGGAAAUUACGCUUUUUUUCAAAUUUAAUGCUUGAAGGAAGGGUAUCAUUCGGUUUCGAAAUAAUUAUUCAGUUUCCGAAUAAUUUAAACCCGACCUGUCGUUACACUUGAAUUUAAGGUUCUCAAACUACAAGCUGUAUAUUGUGCCUAUAUGGAAAAUCACACAUUUCUAUACUCUGUUAAAGGAGACCAAAUGGGUUUCAUAAAAUUUACUGGUGGGUUUGAGCCAUAUUGCAAACUUUUCAGGCAACGUUAGCGAAUGCGGAGACACGAUGUCUUAUGAACGGGCAUUUCACGGUCUGCGAAAAUCACACAAUUAUAAACUUUCGUAAAACCAAAUUUUACCCUUCCUUCAGGCGUGAAAUUUGAAGAAAACAAUUUUCAACCAACUGAGCAAAUGAAUGAAUAUUUUUUUGCAUGUUUUCUAUUAAAUAUAUUUGGACUCAUAAGGACAUCAUAAAAUCAAUGAGAAAAAUUCACACUGCUUCUACUGCCAUUUUUACAGAGUGUACUUCUUGCACGCGGUCAGAAAGGAGUUCGUUGAGAAGCCUUCAUUCUAUAAUAACCGAAUUAUUAUUGGAUUAUGCAGCACGGUGAUUAAUAUUACAACUCUACUUAAGUUAUCUUUUCGAGUCGAAAACGCAUUUCGGAAUUUCUGCUAACAUUUCAUGAAUUAGCACAUAAACUCUAUCUGGGAGUCACAUCUUCACCCACAUUGCUGACAAAAAGCUACGUACUGGAGACGUCUUUUUAGCACGAAGCACAUCGGUCGGAAAUGUGUGACAGUCGUUACUUUUUGCCAAGUUACCUCUUUUUAGCGUGUCCUUUAUGACACUCCCAAACAUCUGAGAUCCGAACCGCUCUCAUUGUAGCGGUUCAGGUUCUGGGUGUGGCAUGCGUAAGCGGACGAUUUAAAUACUUCGGCAAUAAACUUCCUUCUAUAUCCGGUUAUUUUGGUACUGUCCCGUACUCGGAACAUGGUUGGUGGUUGAGGAUAAUGUGGUGGAUGAAGCGUAAAUUUGUUUCACUAUAAAUUAAUUUAUGCUCAAGUCGUCUCUGCUAGGUACACCACAUGGGACAGUGGUGGGCAGUGUUGACAAUUUGGAGGUGGAAAUUUCGUGUGUUGACAAGGCAAUUCACGAAGUCGAGCAGAAAACUAACAGUCUUUUGGUAACUACUUGUCAGACUGGUUUGUUAACGCCCCCUCCCAGCUUAGGUUAAGUUAAUUUUUCAUCUUGGUGAGUUAAAAAACACAGCCUCCAUUUCUUUCGGUUAGUCGGCUUUACGAGUCCCAUCCUAAGAAGUAAAGUUUUUUUUAUAAAAACAAAGCAAAUCAACCACAUGAUGGUCCUGAACCACCGACGGAUUGCUCAACUGGUUGGCAAUUUGAAGAUGGAAACGGCAGUCGCAACCUACCGUUUGCAGUCGGAGUGGGAGGAAUAUUACAAAACCUGGCAGCAGUCAAACACAACAAAGCUGAUUGAGCAGUUUAAGUGAGUCUCAUCUGGCAAUUUGACUUCGUUUUCUUUUUACUACUGGUGAUGACAUCUGUCGCAAUUUUAACAAGGCAGUAAUGUAGAGGGUCUCUGCGGAUACCAUGGUGCGAUACAAAAUAAGAGCGAGUCACAAUAGUCUGUACAAGGCAAAGGCGACGAAACAUGCAGAAUUUAUUGACGCCUUUGCCUUGUUUAAAAUUCUUCCGGGAAAGCAAUGCCUCAACUUACAAUAGGUUGUGUAUGAGAAGCCGCUAAUAAAGUCCUGUACUGUUUAAUUUAUUUCGAAGAAGAAAGAGUCCUUUGGGAAAAUGAACAAACUUAAUUUCGUAAAUUUUCGAGUCUGGUUCCCCAGCUCGUCUUCAGACGUGUAGUAAGUGUGAAGAAACAAUCAAAAUUUAAACAAUGCCCAAAAAAUCGAUAUUGCUCUGUCAUGGCUGAGGAUGGGUUAAUGCUGCGGGCUGAUGCCGCGUCUUGAUUGGCUAUUACUUUUUCCAUUUUUCUUUGAGAUUUGUGUACAUGGUAUCAAGAUCAAUGCGUCGAGUGAUGCAUGAAUCACCAGAGUGAAUGGCCUCUAAGAAUUCUCGGCCUUUCUUUUAUGGGCAGGAACCGACAAUGCGUGUUUUAUCCCAAGCGAAUUUGUGCCCAGUUUCAAAGUAUGCAUGGCGACUUAGGAUAAGUGGUCCCGCCUCUUCACUGUCAAUUGGUGUUCAUGGAGGCGUGUAGAGGCGGAUUUUUCGGUUUGACCACAAUACACUGCAUUACAAGUGCCACAUGGAAUCUUAUAGACUACUUCUUUUUAUCCAAAUAGCCAACCCUAUCCUUAGGGUGUGCAGGCUGAUUUCGUAGCGUGGUAGUCGGUUUGCAUCCUGGCACGCGUGAUAGCGGAAAGGGAAGAUACAAAUGAAUUCCCAAUGCACAAAAGUUCGAAUCUGAGAAAAAUGAAGUGCUCACCGGAUCGAGGGACUUGUUUGGCUGACGUUUCGAAGAGCUGGGGCGGCUCUCCGAGGCUGUUUCACGACUGCUACAACCCACCAGGGUAGGCAUUGCCCAUCGACCCUAGGCAGCAAUUCGUCGCCGUUUGAUGCAACCCAAAGACAUACUGCCACCCACUGAAUCCUCAGCAGUUUUCUUUCAAAUACGUUGUAAUGCUGGAGACGGCAACUACAUUGGGGAAACCGGACGGAAAUUGCAAACCCGCCUAAAUGAGCACAAACUGGCAACUCAGAGACUAGACCCAAACUCACAGCUUGCGGCUCACAUCGGGGAAACUGGCCACAGUUUUUAUUUUCAAGGAGCAGCCGCCUUAGGCAGGGGCACCUCAAGGACAGGGCGUAUUACACUUGAAGCUUGAUACACAGAUGCCAAGUCCAUUAACAGGCAUCUAGACCUCCCUUCGGCCUAUAAAGCCUUACGUCACUACAUACGCCGUGACGAAGACAAGACAGUCAUACGGAGCCUAACACUACUGAGCAAACACGACCUGUCGACCACUUCACCCAAAAGGGGGACGCAAACGCAACUAACCCCAAUUGAGGUGACGGCACACAAUACAGGAGGCCACCAACACUCACAAGCGGCGGCCAGUAGGCCAAGGCAGCGGAAGAAGAAAAAAAUCGAUCAGCCCAAGGCCAACUGAUUCGGCUGUCUAUUCAAAAUUCUGAUCGAUUUUUUCACUAGACGCUUUGAUAAUGGAGAGCGGCCCCAGCUCUUCGAAACGUCAGUCAAACAAGUCCCUCGAUCCGGUGAGCACUUCAUUUUCCUCAGAUUAUAAACCUGGAUCUCUUACUUUUGCUAACUUGAGCAAAAGUUAGAAUGGCAAAAAUCAUAUCGGAUCGAAAACAAGGGUAGUGGUGAUAGCAGACAUCGUUCGUAAGGAUUUGACUAAAGAGCUGUCUGACGGUCGCAAACGUCAGCGAACGCAUCUCGUAGAGCAAGGUUAGGCUGGAGAGGAGAAACCCGCCCAGGGUUGAUUUCAACCUAUCAUAUUUAAGGCUGGUCCGAAGUUAAGAGGCCAGCAUAGGAAAGAUUGUUGGGUAACACCAGCGCAUAUGUUCGUCAGGUUAUAUUCUAAUAUUUGGCUUUUCCUUGCCAAUGAAAUGACCGUCAGGAAUGGGGGCACAGCGAUCUAUUGACUUCCCGAAGCAAACAAGCUCCGUGUGGCUGGCAAAGGUCACGAACAGACAACCAACUUCCAGACUGCAGUCGGUCAGGUCAUAAUAACAGCAAGGAGGCACAACAGAAUAUGCGAGCAGAUUAAUAUAAUACCGUUUCGGAUUUAUUUGGCCUUCAUUCAACCAAUCAUAACCCUGACCAGCAGCCGGAACCAGAAACACAGACAUGCGCACAGACGCACCUAGCGCAGUUGGUCCACCACUGUGGCCUACCAGAUGGAUCAUAAGCACUUCAUCGAACCGAAGUUCAUCAGUGUCUCGCCACCUGUCAUUCUCUUUCGCUGCAGAUCGGGUAUUUAUUCAAUCAGUAAUGGGCGCACACCAAUCUAUUGGCUUCACGAAACAAACAAGCCCCGUAUGGGUGGCAAAGGUCACGAACAGGCAACCAAUUAGCAGGCCGAAGUCGGCCAAGUCAUAAUGGCAGCGAGGAGUGACGACAGAGAAUGCGGUGCUUAGGACCUGACGCAGUCGGUUCAACCCUGGGGUCAUAAGCACUUCAUCGAACCGAAGUUCAAGCGUGCCUCACCAUCUGUCGUUCUCCGUCGCUGCGAUUAUGAAUUGACCGACUUCGGCCUGGUAGUUGGUUGCCUGUCCGUGACCUAUAUAGAGCACCCAUAUAGAGCUUGUUUGCUUCUGGAGGUCAAUAGAUCGGUGUGCGCCCAUUCCUGAUAGAAUAGAUACCCGAUCUGCAGCGACAGAGAAUGACAGGUGGCGAGGCACUGAUGAACUUCGGUUCGAUGAAGUGCUUAUGACCCAUCUGGUAGACCCAGCAGUGGACCAACCACACGAGCUGUGUCUCUGCGCAUGUUUGUGUUUCUGGUCCCACAUGCUAGUCAGGAUUAUGAUUGGCUGAUUAAAGCCAAAAUAAGUCCGAAACAAUACUGUAUCAAUCUAUCCUCAUUCUUUGUUGUAUCUCCUCGCUGCUGAAAUGACCGUCAUUUCUAGAAAGAAAGGAUUUCAUGAAAAGGUUUAUUGCCAUCUUUUGCUGACACCUCUGUCUACGUCACCCAAAAAGCGAUAUAAGUAUACUGUCUGGUGGUAUUGAUGAGAUAUCGUAUCAUAAUCAUUUGCCAGUGGAUUUUUAACAAUCGAUAAAACGACAACGAAGGCAAGUCUACGCUCGAUACGACCCGUCAAUCGCACGGGCAACCUCUUAAUAUAUCGAUCCCACUUUUACUGGUAGUGCGAACCAAUCGAUACCUACUUCUAUUGAAUUUGGUGUUCAGUGCGUCAUCUCUCAAGUUACGAUUUACUUGUCAAACCUGUUAACGUAGCCAGCUUUAAGCAAUGAGAGUCAAAACUGGUUACAACCUACUUGUGCACAAGAAGAAAUCCUACAGAAAUGUUUAUUUCCUCGACAAAGGAUACCAGAACACAUAAAACCUUGCAUGACUUGCUCUUAUUCGGGCUGCAAUAAACAAAAUAGUCUUGGUUAUGUAUGCAAUACGGUCUUGCCUACAUGAAGUCAGUUAAAUUUUUCUACGGAAGUAAUCCAGCCAAAGUCGCGUUUAAAAUUAGCAGCCGGUACUUUAUGGUCGGCGUUUAUUAUAGCCUAACUUAAACCUGUACUCCUUGAGUACGUUAGAAACUGACUUAGGCUAUUCCGAACAGAACUCUAUAUCCCCCGAAACUCAUUUUUUGCUAGAUUUAACGGAGUUUUUGGGUGCCAAAAUUUUCUUUUCAGAGACUCAGCACAAAAACAGAUCGACGUUUGUCCAGCAUCUGUCCAGGCUCUUGUGUUGCAGCUGUCCGAAGAAUUUGCCAAAAUUCUGAUGAGCCGGGAUCAUAUCCUACAAGAUUUUCGGUACGCAAAUGUCUCAUUUCAGUAAAUGACUGUAAGAUUUAAUGUUUGCCAUGAACAUUUCAAUGAAGCUUGCUCCUGCUUGCAGAACGAAUUUUCGUCUCUUCGCUGAAGCACCAGAGAAAACUGAGGCUUGCCUAAGGGAUCUUCAAAACCUUCAGGAAAGACUAGGUACAUUGAGUUUGCUUCAUGCUUUCUCGAAAUCUUACGAAUCCGUACAAAUUAAGUUUGUUUUCUUAGGUCAUUCUGCAAAAGUGGUCACUUCACUUUCAGCCAGGCGUGUCCUUUAUAUGUUCCCUUAAAGUCGAAAUACACCAUAAAUUACUUCGUUUUUGCCCAAUAACCGAAGAUAUAUAAAUCAAAGUGACGUUAUUUUUAGUGGCGAUCUUUCCCGAAUAUCUGGAGAGGAUAUUCAAAGCGUUUGCAGAAGAGUUGGACAAAAUUCGACAUGAGCUCCAAAUGUUAAGGGUGAGUUUUGCAUGCACAGAAGACUUGGGAAGUUUCUCAUUGAUAAUUGAAAAUAAGGCGUCCUCAGUAUAAAGAGGAUAAAUAUGAAGUAAUUACUGAGGUAGAAAAACGUUAAAAUAAUAAGAACUAUUUACCCGUCCGAUAACCCGUGGAAACCGACAAAUUUCUAGAAGAUCAAGCUUGUCUUUUGCGUCAGCCGUAUCCGUUGCGUACAUAAAUAAAAAGUCGAGUAUCACUUCGACGUCUGCCUAUCACAAUGACAAUCCAGAGUUCUGAAUUUUGAGUGGGCUGGCCGUAUGAGGUUAUUUCUUUUAGUAUGUUCGUUACCGAAUCUCCUUGGAAUCAUACUUGGCGCUCCCCAUAGUGCUGUUCUGUGUUAUGUCGUAAAUUUUGAGUAAAUUACGUCGUUGGAUGCAGUAUAAGAGGCAACGUUCGGGGUGAAACUUUAAGCAUAUCCUAUUUGUUCUGUUUUUGCUCAGGCGUAUUAUUGAUGGCAAAAAAAGGCAACUCGAAAAUGAAACUCUUGCCAUCUUCUCAUUGGUCGUCCAUGUUACUGCGGUUGAGAACUGGUUACCCUAACCCCUAACUCUAAUCCCUAACCCAUAACCGUAACCCCUAACCCAAACUGCUAACCCCAACCCCAACAUUAUAGUGUCCAUCAGGUGGAGCUAACCUUGUUUCCUUCAUUUACUUUUAGGAAACCCUACUGGAUGAGAAAUUCGUUGAGGAUGAGGAAUCUCUUGAGCAACUGGUCAGUGAACUAGGUCAAACAGUAAUUGAACAAUUAAAAAUGAGAGCAGAGGGCUCACUCGCCUACCUUGAAGUAAGCACUUUGACUAUGCAUCAUAUAGUUAAAUCAGUGUAGAGCCCCUUAUAUGAUCUCGACUCUUGGGUGCAUUUUUUCCUAAAUGUUUUCUUUACACGCAGACAAAUAAAAAGUACUCAGGCUCUCGGGGCAGUUAGUCACUGCGUCAUGCGUCAUAAGGUGCUUUCCCUUCGUCGUAUUUUGUUAAAACGCAUAACAGGCUUCAGCUCAGCAUAAUUUCCAUUUGGUAGAUUAAUCAGAUGCCUAGAGUUUAUGAAGAUCAUAAGCGGAAAAUGCCCGUGAUUCCUUAGCUGGUAGGAUACAGUGCGCGACCAAUCCCAUGAAAUGUUGGCCAAAAUUCCGGAAUGCGUUUCCGGUUAGGAAGGAUUACUUAAGUGGAGUUGUUAUACUGAUUAUCUUGCGGCAUAAUCCUAUAUUAUUUCCGACUCGGCAGAAUGUCGGCUUUUGUAUGCACUUCUUUUUGACCUCCUGCAGAAACUACACUCGGUAUAAAAUGACUACUUAAGUAGCAUGCAUUUUUCUUAUUUAUUUUCGAUGGUGUUAUAAAUUCAAAUAUACUUUAUAGAGAACAUGCACAUGAAUCUGUUUUCUUUUGCUCAUUUAGUUGGAAAUCACAUUGUCUUCAUAUUUUAUAUCCGACGAGGGUGUAUCUUUUGGUUUUUAAAAAAGUGUCUAAUCAUGAAAUUUUUAAUACCGUGCUAUGUCCAUGAAUUCAAGACUGCACUUAUCCGUUUACUGAUGCUCCUCAUGAAAUUUACAACAAAGUCCGAAUCCAUUGCAAAUUUCAUGAACUCUACAUGCUAUCUUCUUAAAGACAUAGAGGAAUAUGUGAUUUUCCUUACGCGGAAAGCAUGCGUCUUGUAGACUGAAAUUGCUAAACGUUGAUGCAAUGGCAGAUCAGGCUGGAAGUUAUCCGGGAAUCGGGAAACUUUUUUAAAGCCAAAAUAUACACUUUCUUCCUGAAAUAUCGGCUAGACAGAAUUUCUUCCGGAAAUGCACGUGUUUCCUUGGAUACCUGCCUGAAAUACUGUGGAACCGACUGCAAAUCAAUGAAGUGGAUGCGGGAUUCUCUAAGCGGGCUGUCACAUUUGAGGAGUAUAUUUGGACAUAUGCGAGAGGGGUUGAAAAGGCCUCUUUUUAAUUCUUCCUCGUAAGCCAGUCUGGGAUGUCACCCUUCUGUUAUUUAGAAUUAAGUUGGAUGGUCUAAAACUAAGUCGCAUGUCCGCAUGCCAUCGGUGUUUACGAACUGUAGUCCAGAUUAUGUGGCUGUGGGGUUGGCCGCGGCUAGAGAUAGUCAGGUGUGUAGGGCGCGUUAAGUGCUGUCGCAGUCUGAGACCACGUCUGUUGAUAGGAUUUAGAAGCCGCUUCUCAACUGUGCACCUUCAUACCUCUUCUUUCGAAACCAGUUUUCAAAAGCAAAAAAUGCACACUCUUGUACUUUUGAGCCUUGGGCUACCCGUCUUCCUUCGUUACGUGUCUAUCUCUGCGGACUACCGUAAACACUCGGAGAGUCAGUCUCUGAAGCUUCGUCAGCGUUUUUGGUUAAUGCCGGUUUCUCAUAUAGACACCAACAAGUUCUCGGACUCUGAACGAGACGCUGAUCUGUUCAAACUGUGCUCUAUUUACAUUCCGCCAGAUGUAGUUAUGGUUUCAGGUGACAUUACUGAUGCGACACUUCAGAACCGAGCUGGUUCAGUGCAGUUCUCCGAAAAGUGGGCAGUUUACAACGACAUUAUUAGAAAAUCCAGCGUUAUUUAUUAUACAAAGUGACUGGAUAUGCGUGGUAAUCACGAUGAUUUCGAUAUCUCAUCCCCCGGCCGUGCGGAUCAUUUCUACAGGCAGUACUCUCUUCAGGAUUGCAACUUCCCACAGUCCUAUAUGAUAAAUCAUCGGAAACCCUAGGGGACUUACUCCUUUGCUGGUCUUGAUGCCUGCUCCUCACCUGGCUCCAAAAGACCAUUGAAUCUUUUCGGUGUCAUUUUUACGGAUCUGGCCCAAACGCUGACAGUAUUCCCCCCAAAGGCAUCAACCAGUAAUCAGACCUUCUGGUUUGGCCACUACCCCAAUUGCGCAUGUCUGUGGUCAUCUUCACACGCUGAUGAGGACGGUGCCAUACAGCCCGAGGGUUUCUCUGAACUCGAGUUGGUUGAUUGGCGUGACUCCAGAUUCUUCCGUAUUCUUGCUGUCGACAAUGAUUUAGUGUCCUUUGUUGACGUCCCAGUGACUCCAAGGACUGGGCCCCCGUUAUCAUCAACAAUCCCGAAGACGCUGCCUUUAUUUUGCCCAACGAAGAACGAACGGAUCUUAUUCAGCGCUCGACUCGUAUCAGAGUCCUCGCAUGGUACAUAUGGUCGCUCAAGAGAAUCUCGACGGGGACUACCAGGGUGAUGCUCAGCCGUCCUCCAGUCCAUCCUCCACCUCGACGGCAAACUCGAACCCCCCCCCUCUUCGUUUUGUCCUGGAAGCCCAGCUACCGGGCAUCUCGGCAGCCACCAUCCGCUGAGUCCUCCCACUUUAUCGAGGCUGUUUGUAAGAACACGAAGGACACCGUGGAUGGAACACCUCGCUUGAACUUCCAGGGCCUGCAGUUUUGUCCUACACAGUGAUCAUUCAACAAAUCUGUGACUUGUCUUUUACCUACUUUGGGCCUUGCCAAUUUGUCUGCCCGGUUUCAGUCGACGCUCAGAUCUUAGUAUGCAGCCGUCCAUGAAGCAACCCAACUCCAACUACCUCUAAUAUGUGAAUGCUGCUAAAGCUGACUUUACGGGUGGGGCAAUCGGACACGUCACUGAGAUAGCUGUGAAAUUGCUGUGAAGAAAAUAAGUUAAUGAAAUGUGCAAAACACUUUGAAUGAGCUGAAAUUGAAGUGUCAAUGAUGAAAAUAUGGCAGCUAUCCGAUUAGCCAAUCGAAGGUGGCAACGCGUCGUCAAUGUCAUUGGGCAUGGUGUGCAGAGACACAUGAUGAAGAUUACACUGCUGAAAUACGGAUUUUUUGGGUAGGCGAGAUUAUGCGGAAAUAGCGCACUUGCACAUUGCUGAAACAGAAGCGGGCAGUCUUGUGCUCGAGUUUAGAGGUGUGGUUAGUCUCAGGGCUUGGGUUAGUGUGAGGGUUGGGCUGAGGAAUAGGGCAAGGGUUAGGGUCGCCCUCACUCCGGCCCAAACCGUAACAACAGCCCUAACACUAACCAUUAACCCUAACCCCAAGCCCCUAUACAUGACCACUAACCCUAACCCAUAACUCCUAACCGCAACGCCCUAACAUGAACUCCCAACCCUAACCCAUAACCCCUAAUGCUAACCCCAACCCCAAACAAUAACACCUCACCGUAACCCUUAACACUGACCCCUAACGCUAACCCUAACCCCUAACACUCCCCACUAACCCCUAACCCAGACAACUCGGUUAGAGGGAAACGACAGACACCGUCAACGUAAUUACGCCUACUCUGAGCAAAUCAGUAGCACAUAAGUAUUAUGUUCCGCAUGUGUGCCUGCACGAUCAGAUCUUACCUUGACUCUGCGGCAGCUCUCGGUUCUACAGUCGCAUCUCCAGAGACUGUGUGCGAAGAAUGCUGAGUGCUCCGAGUCCAGAACCUCAAAUUAAUUCUCAGGUUGUCAAGAAAAAGAAAACGUCCACAACAGAUGACAGUCUUCCGUCCCUUACUAGUCCUUUCAAAACGAACCUUCAUUAUCGCCUUUUAGAUUUCCUUUGGAUGGAUUGUUACAACAAACCAGAAACACUUUUUCGAUCCGAUGGCCAAAUUUAUCACGGAACUGACCCGACUUUGGCGGGUCUCCGGUCGCGAAAGCUUACGCCUUCAACAGACAGCCUUCAGGGAGGAGUUGACCACAAAACAACUAGCUAACAGAGAGAAAGUAGAUCAACUGGAGAUCCGUCUAGGGCAGGCAAUUGAUGAUCUACGUCGAGCAGACAACGAAGCCGAAGUGGACCAGCUGUUGGAAGAAGCGCUGAGCAUGUUGCAGGACAUUCAGUCACUGUAAGUUGGUAGUCGCCGUAAAGAUAGUUUUUUCCACAAAUGUCUGACGUUAUCUGAAUAGAGGAAUAUCCGACUGGAAGUCCGCUGCAAAUUGGAAAAGGUGUUAAACUGUCAGGCUAAAACAGUUUUAGGGGCUGUAAUUUACACCUUCCUCAAUUGCAAGACUUGGGGAAGACGUAAUUAGCAAAAAUUGAAUACAAGGGAGGAUAUUUCUUUGUAUACUUAUUAGUAAAUAUACUCGAAUUUAUAAGGGCGACAAAAAUCGAUGGGAAAAUGCAUAUUACUUAAGUAUUUACUUUUUUAUCGGGUCGUUUCCUCAGGCAACCGGGGGGGGGGAAUUAUUUAAAGACAACAUCAUGGCGGGCUGAAGUGUAGAAAUGGAUUGCCGCUUCUGGCUUAACGGCCGUCGUCAGCCGUCCAUACACAACCUCGGGUUCGAGCCCGCGACCUUUUAGUAAGAAGUCCAAGGCCAUAACCAUAGCUGGUUGACGACGGAUAAUGAGCCAAAAAUAGACAUUUCAGAUUCUUUUGUCUUUGUCGGCAUGCUAUUUCUGUGCAUAACACUACAGUAGGUGGGCUUACUCACGAAAUGCCAACCAAAAUUCCGAAAUGCGUUUUCAUUUCGAAAAGAUUAAUUUAAGGUGGUUGUAAAACCACUCAUCAUACAGCAUAAUCCUACAAUAAUCCAGUUAUCUCAGGAUGCCGGCUUUCGAAAGAAUUUCCUUCCGGCUGCGUGCAAAAACUAAAAUCUGUAAAAAAUGAGUAUUAAGUAGCAUGCAUUUUCUCAUUUAUUUCGAUGCCCUUAAGAAUUUAAAUAUAUUUCGUGGAAAAUAUGCAUAAAAAUAUUCAUUUCUUUGCUGAUUCGUGGAAAAUUACGUCUUCUACCAAUUUUUACUUGAAGCAAGUGUAUAAUUUGGUUUUCAAAAACUCUUCCGAUUCCCGAAUAAUUUCGGAUCCGACCGGCCUUUACACUUGCAUUCAGGUCUUCCAAACUACAAACCGUAUAUUUUCCGCGUACGGAAAACCAUACAUUUCUUUACAGUGUUAAAAGGAGGAAAUGUGGGGUUUAUAAAAGUAAACAGUAGACUUUAGCCGUAUUGUUAAUUUUAGAAGCUACAUUGGUUAAUGCAGAGACAUGACGUUUUAUGAAUGGUCAUCUCACGGUACUAAAUACUUUCACAAUAAGAAACCCUUUUUGAAACCGUGUUAUACCCUUUCUUUGAGUCGUAGUUUUCUACUAAAUGAGCAAAAGAAUAAAGAGUUUAUUAUUUUAUGCAUUAUUUUAUGCAUUUUUCAUGAUAUAUAGAACUGAAUUUCUAAGGACAUCGAAAAUCAAUGAUAAAAUGCACGCUACUUAAGUACUCCAUUUUUACAGAGUAUCGUUUUUGCGUGCAACCGGAAAGAAAUUCGUUCGAAAGCUGGCAUCUUGCGGUAACAAGAUAAUUAUAGAGUUAUGCUGCACGAUGACCAGUUUCACAACGCUACUUAACCAAUCUUUUCAAAACGAUAACGCAUUUCAGAAUUUCGAUUGACAUUUCAUGAGUUAGCCAACCUACUGUACUUCUAGAACUUUGUACUCGUUCUGCGGAGCUUGACAACCUAAAGGAGGCAUGACUUGAGACUUUUUAAAAAACCUGCAGGGUUUUGGGCACGAAAUUUCCUACCCGACAUAACAUUUGCCCGAGGAAAUUAUCAUCAUUCCAGAUCAGAGAAUACAAAGUCACGGUAGGAAGUACCUGCGGGAGUUUAUUGAGGACUAUGAUUGGCGAUUGCUACUUGACAAGGAUGCCCACAGGACUGACUGACAGUGUAAUGCGACACCAUUUAACCAUAACCGACUAAUUAAGGCAAAAUUCAGUUUCCACUGCGUCAGUGCAGAGUUCAACGCCUUAAAUCUUUUGUCUUUAGACGUGAACAACAUCAAAAGUCAGUCUUGGACUUCCUCAGUCAGUAUCCAGCACAGGUGGCUAAAGUGCUGUUGCAAUUCCACAAGGACGUCUGUCAGUUCUUUGGAGUUCGUCGGUGCAGCCAAGCUGAGGUUCCGAUCAAAUUGCAGAAGAACUUGGUGAGUCCUGGCAGCAACUGUCAAAAGCAUACUUGUCUGGUGGGGGACGCUCACCGGUUGUUCUUACGGAACUCACUCGUUCCGUUGUGCCUUACGGGCUCUCUCUCGAGCCCAACCAGCGGCCGCACAGCGGCGCAUGAUAAAGGCAGUAUGCUAUUACAGACAAAGACAAGGGAAACUGGAAUGGCCAUUUCUGGCUUAUUAGCCGUCGUCAGCCAUUCAUACCCUUGCCUUUGUCGGUAAUAUAAUCCUGCCUAUAUGUCCUGCGCCGCUGUGCGGCUGCUGGUUGGGCUCGAGAGAGAACCCGUAACGCACAACGGAACGAGUGAGUUCCGUAAGAACGUUCGGUGAGCGCCCUCUACCAUUGUAUAUUCCAGAUCGAAAUGGACAGGGCAACAGGCUCGUGGCUCAGCGGGUAGAAGCUUGGACUUCUAACUAACAGGUCGCGAGUUCAAGCCUCGGGUGUUCCACAAUUCGGGGUUGGAUAUGACUGGCUGACGACGGCUAAUAAGUCAGAAAUGGCCAUUCCAGUCUCCCUUGUCUUUGUCGGUAAUAACAUACUGCGUACUUGUCUUUUUGCGAAGAGGCCUUCACCCUGAGGCGCUUUGGCGAGCAGAAUUUGUCGAAUGUCCUGAUGCCACCCCAAUAUACGAAUCAUGCUAAGCUACGCUCAACUGCCGCGCCAGUAGGGCACUUGAAACCACCGGCGGCCGUAGAUCGAAAAGAGGACAGGCGGGGGGAGUUCCUCUUUUUGAGUCAAGAAACACCAACUUAAACAAAACUGGAUGAGAACAAGUUUGGAAACGGCAUUCCAAAAAGAACAGCUAUAAAAAGGGAACUACGUUAGAAUGAAAGAUGUAACAAAAAGAUCACCAUUAGUUAACUGCACCUCCUAGUCGGGAUUCGAGAAGAGGACAUCAAGCCGACAUUCAUAUAUCCUUCAAACUAAAAAGAUGCGAUUUCGUUCUAAGGGGAACGAAGGUGUUUCACAGAAAUACCAAGCACGCAGGUUAAGCAAAUUCGGCCAAAUCGUAACUGUUCAUUUAAACAGAAUGAAAAACUUAAUUAGGGAACUAAUACCAGUAAUUCAAACUGGAUGUUAAGUUACCUCAUCCCACAUGAAAUAGUUGCCUUCAAUUGAGAAUCUUCUUAGCCACCUACAUCGGCCUCCCCGACGAAUAAACCGCUUUAUUACCCAUUUAUAUGCAAGACUUUAAAAGGCGUUUAUAUUGCGUUGAGUAGUUUGACGAACAGUUCCGUAAAUUCAGACAGUGUGCAUCAAAUUAGGUUUUGCUGGAAUAAAUGUCAAUAAAAUUGGGAAUUGAGGACCGUUACCUCUGACUUCCCUUUUAGAGAUUUCCAAUAGAUAUUUUGGGAAAAACCGUUAGAUUUUUUAACUCGCGCAAAGCAGCAAAUCUUAUUAAAAUACGCUUAUUAGUAUGUUAUUAUGACGCAUAAUUAUUACGUUACUAGGAAUUGAUGGACAAUCGUCGUGUCGUUCGGGCUUUGAUUCCAGGUCUGGGGUUAUGAAAAAGUUGCUCUGGGACAGCAAUCGUUCCGGCUUCAAACACUGUGGCAAGGAAAGCAAUUCACUUUUUAACCGUUUUCUAUGAGGUUGACACGCAGUGGUAGUUUCUUCCGAAAGCCUGCAUCUUGAAAUUGGACCCAGGUUUGCGUAAACCCAACCUCAGAACCCGCCAAAAAAUGACCCGUGGAAGCGGGUAACUCUACCAACUAAAAGACCACCACAAUAACUGAGAUAAAGCAGACGCAGGGUAGACAUUUGCCAUGGGCAUUCGAGAAAGAUCAGUUUGCGCAAACUUUUUAUGUCAAGUCUUCGGCUUUCAGAAGACGAGGUGAGAGAGAGAGAGAGGAAUGCGCUUUAUUUUGAAAUCGUAUGUUCAAAAUUUUCAGCAAAAAAAUUGGCUCCAUUCACUAUGGGCAGUAAAUAAGUUAAUAAAUUAUUCAAGAGUCAAAGUUUAACACAAAGAAACGAUUAUUAUGCGGAUAGUUCAAGUCUUAGUUUCUGUAUUUCUGUCUCUUCGCACGUAAGAUAGCGCGCUAGGAAUGGCAAUACAGAAGCUCGAUAAGCCGAUGUGCGACAGGAUAUAAGUCGGAAGUUGCGGCGCAUCGGGCGGGAACAUACGAGUGGCGAACAUACGUAGCUUUGAACAAGGCGAAGGCGACAAAGCAUGCAGAAUUUAAUGACGUCAUAAAUUUCGAGACCUCUCAUUCAGCUGCACACGGUCAUUGCGUAGUUAUAUUACAAGGCAAAACUGUUCAAUCAACGAUCGACCUAGAGAGCUAAAACGUGAUAGGUAACCUGAAACAUGGGUCUAGUAUGCGGGUGCAUAUGGUGAGGGGGGGAGGGGGAGAGAAGUCAUCCAAGUAUGAGAGAACUGGUGCGGCGUGAUUUGGAGUGCAACGUGCAGGGAGCAUUCAGUCAUGCCGGGAGAGGGGGGAGGGCGGGUGGGGGGCAAAAUGAGAGGGUGGACAUGGGAACAGGGUUUCGUCCAUAAUCGAUAAUUACCAUGGCAGUGCCAGGUUUAUCACAUGGUCCAGCUGCUUACAGAGUUCUGGUUUCCUCCUCCGUAUUGCAGCGGCCUCUGCGAAGCGCAAGAGACGCCCGGUCGUCGCUCGAAACAGGACCUUGAAUGCAACCAUUUGGUCCACCGUAUGGCCCGUGUCCAAUAG